CAGAUUGCUGAGGUAUGCAGUUUGCAGAGAGAUUAAUCAGAUGAGUCUGACCUCUGCGGUUUCCUGGAGCCUAGUCUCAGGGUAUAAAACCUUCCUGGGAGCAGGAAGAGACCCCAGUUGCAGCCUCACCUCCAAGGCAUCCACCGAAGCCGAGCACGCUGCAAUGAAGCACCUACAGAAGCUCCUGCUCGCCCUCACGUUGGUGGCAUGUCCUCUGGCCGAAGCCAGUCACGCCUGGAACCGGAUGGCAGGAGCAGGCAGAGCCAAGGCCUCUGCCAGGCCCUACAUGGCUUAUCUGGAAGGGAAGAGCGGCCACUUCUGCGGGGGCUUCCUGGUGGCCCCCAGCUGGGUGAUGACAGCAGCUCAGUGUUUCAGCCACAAACCUCUGACUGUCAUCCUUGGAGCCCACAACAUUCAGAGAAGAGAGGAAAGCUGGCAAAUGUUUGAAGUCCAGAGGUAUCACCGCCAUCCAGACUUCACCAAUCCCAUGAAGGGAAAUGACAUCCUCCUGCUGAAGCUGAAAGGCAAUGCUACCAGCAACAGCUACGUUAGGACCAUUUCCUUCCAAAAAAUAAAGGCCUCUGGAGGGACGGUGUGCAGCAUAGCUGGCUGGGGCCACAAGGCACCCACUGCCACAUUCCACGAAGCCAACGUCACCAUCCACAAACAAAGGGACUGCCUAACCGUGUACCCUGGACUUGCCAACAACUUGAUCUGUGCCAACAGUGGAUCUGCUGGGGUGCCUGAAGAGGGUGAUACCGGCGGCCCACUUGUCUGCAACAACAAAGCCUAUGGUAUCUUCUCCUAUCAGUAUAAGAACCGGAUUGGCUUCUACACACACAUUGCUCCCUACCUUCCCUGGGUUGACAGCAUCAUGAAGUUGGCGUGACUCCACAUGCCCCAGCUGCUUCCCUGGAAAGCUCACGCACCAGGGCUCACGCUCACCUGCUGCUGCUUCUCUUCUCCCUGGGAAACUUCUUCCACCGGUCUUCAUGGAUGUGGCAAGGAGUUCUCUCUGGCAAAGCAGGGGGCUUUGUGCAGAAUUUGCACCUUGACUGAGCCUGUUCAGCGUGAGAGCUAGGGAGCACCCACGUGCACCGCACACUUUCCCUGCUCCGGGCUGCCCUUUGGCCAAACCACUUGUGGCUCCAGAGAGAGCAGCAGGGCAGACCCGAGUGAGGUGACUGCAGCUGCUGGGACAUCCACCGCCCCACACAAUGUUCUUGGGGGAUCCAAAGAGCAACAUCCUCCCUGCCCCUGGCAUUCAUGAUGCCUGGAUCUCAUUGCCCAGGCCCUGGGGUUACAGGGUUGUCCCAGCUCCAGGGGGAACAACACUUUCGGCUCCUGCUUCACUACUGCUGCCGUCCCCUACCUCUGAAACUCGCUGUCUCAUUUCUCCCCUCUUGCUGUAGUUCCAGCGUUGUAAAAAUACAUAAAAACAAUAAACUGCAUCUGCAUUUGAGAGCCUUCUAUGAUUUGAAUUUGUAUCAGUCUGG